AUGAAGAAGAACUUCUGCAAGUUGAAAAAUAAGUCUCAGUCGGUGGAUAUCGCCAGCCAAGGUUUCUCCCCGACUCUGAUGCCAGCUUCGCCCCUUAACAAAGCUGCCAAAACGGUCACCGCCCUUGCGGUGCAGGAAAACAACACCACGAACUCCCAGCGCCGCAGUCCACGUUGUGGCGAACUGAAGAGAGGCUAUACUAUUGAUACUGGCCAGAAGAAGACCCCAGAGAAGAAGGAUGGGAGGCGCAUGUCGUUCCAGAGACCCAAAGGGACCAUCGAAUAUUCUGUGGAAUCGCGGGACACAUUGAACAGCAUUGCACUCAAGUUUGACACCACACCCAACGAGCUGGUUCAGCUGAACAAGCUGUUCUCCAGGGCGGUUGUGCCUGGCCAGGUUUUGUAUGUUCCUGAUCCUGAGUACGUCUCAAGUGUUGGAAGCUCCCCUUCCCUCAGUCCCAUCAGCCCUCUGUCCCCCACCUCCUCAGAAGCUGAUUUAGAGAAGGUGACGGAUUCAGAUGGACCUGCCAGACCAGAGGCUGUUCUCCCUCCAGUGUUUUCUGCCCUACGUCAAGCCAGAGUGGUUUCAUCCACCUCCGAGGAGGAAGAGGCCCUCACAGAGAAGUUUCUUAAGAUCAACUGCAAGUACAUAACUGAUGGAAAGGGUUCAGUAAGUGGGGUGUUACUGGUGACACCCAACAACAUCAUGUUUGAUCCUCACCGGAUGGACCCUCUUGUUCAGGCCCAUGGGUGCGAGGAGUAUGGUAUCAUGUGCCCUUUAGAAGAGGUCCAAUCUGCCGCCAUCUUUAAAGAGCUCACUGACCCCAAGAUCAGAGAGACUGUGCCAGAUGACUUGGAGCCUCUGCCAUCCGAGAGACAUCCUUCCCAGCAGAAGGACCAAGAGCAGUUCCUCAAAGAGCCAGGGGCCAAUGACAGUGGCAGCACUGCCCCACGCAGCACGGAGGGCUCAAUUUCAGAAGAUGUCUUCACGGAGUCUGAGCUGUCCCCCAUAAGGGAGGAAGAGCAAGCGUCCAACGAGGACAUCUGUCUGGACAAAUCGUCCGGUGCCUCAACAGAGUCUGUACAAACCGUGACACAGGGGGAGCCUACUGGCACACAGGCCCCAGGCAGUGCCUGCAGCUCAGUCAGCCAUCCUGAGGAACCUCCAGCGGCGGACGCCUCGUCCACACUAAGAGACAGUCCUCCACACACUGCCACUGAAACAAAUAUUCAGUCCCCAUUGGGAUCCAAGCAGCACAGUGAAGAGAAGCCACCAAGCACACACACUACCAGCACCGCCACUAGCCAGGCCCAGUGCCCCAGCAGCAGCAGCAGCACCUCUCGCCCAGGUUCUCAAAGUGCAGACACCCCACUUGCCACAGACACUCUUUCCGUCACAGCCAGUCCACUGGGGGAUGUCAACGAUGGGACUGAAGACUCCAAAACAGACUCUAUGCAACAAGGGACAGUGGAGAAAGAUAAUGUAGACGAGGGAGAAAAGGGCAACACAGAGAAUUCACAGGGAUCGACAGAGAAGAGAAAGAGGCACUCACACAAAUUCCUUUGUCUACGGGUGGGGAAGCCUAUGAAGAAGACGUUUGUUUCUAAUGCCAGCGCAUCCAUGCAACAGUAUGCCCAGCAGGGCAAGAAGCAUGAAUAUUGGUUUGCUGUGCCACAGGAAAGGUCGGACCACCUUUAUGUGUUUUUCAUGCAGUGGAGCCCCGAUAUGUAUGGUGAGGGUGUAAGAGGGAUGGGGCAAGAACCUGGAUUUAUGGUUGUCAAGAAGUACGAGGCAUCAGAAAGUUCUGUGGAUGAGCCCAUCACUGACCUCAACGUCAAAGAAUGGGAGGUAGUGUCAAUGACGGAGUACCACCGUCGGAUUGAUGCACUAAACAGUGAAGAUCUGCGCUCGCUCUGCAAAAGACUUCAGAUCACUACCAAAGAGGAGGUGAACUCCAAGCAUGACACGUCCAUCAAAACUGAACUGGAGCCUGAAACAUUCAAACCAAACCUCAGAGAGCCAAGUGAUCUCCUAGAGGCUGAUCAAAUUGAGAAGCUUGCGAGGAAUCUCCCGCCGCGGACCAUCGGUUACCCGUGGACGCUUGCCUUUGGCACAACCAAACAUGGCAUGAGCAUCAAAACGCUCUACAGAGCCAUGCAGGGACAGGACACCCCUGUGCUCAUGGUCAUUAAGGACAGUGACGGACAGGUUUUCGGUGCCCUAGCGUCAGAGCCCUUUAAAAUUAGCGAUGGCUUUUACGGCACAGGAGAGACCUUCCUCUUCACGUUCAAUCCAGAGUUUGAGGUGUACAAAUGGACAGGUGACAACAUGUUCUUCAUCAAGGGAGACAUGGACUCCUUAGCGUUUGGCGGUGGAAGCGGCGAGUUCGGCCUUUGGCUGGAUGGAGACCUUUACCACGGCAGGAGUCACUCGUGCAAAACAUUCGGGAACCCCAUGCUGUCUAAAAAGGAGGAUUUCUAUGUGCAGGACAUAGAGAUCUGGGCUUUUGAGUAA